CCUCUCCUUCGCUUCCUUCGCUGGGAGGUUUUCUUUCUUCCCGGCCGACUCUUCUUCGAACCUUCUUCUUCCAGUCAGUCGUCCUUGCUCCUCUUGCCCACGAAAAAGCAGCGGAGCAGUACCAUCCAUACUGGAAAGCAGGUGAAUUUCAGAAGCAACUCGAGAAGAAGAAGAUCAUGGCGUCCAUGGAGGGCCUGAUCGGGCUGAUGAACCGCAUCCAGCGAGCCUGCACGGCCCUCGGAGACCACGGGGGAGGAGGCGACCUGCCCACCCUCUGGGAGUCGCUCCCAACGAUCGCCGUCGUCGGAGGCCAGUUGUGAACUUAACGUUGAUUGAUCUUCCGGGGUUGACAAAGGUUGCUGUAGAAGGACAGCCUGAAAGUAUUGUUCAAGAUAUAGAGAAUAUGGUUCUCUCAUAUGUUGAUAAGCCCAACUGUAUCAUUCUGGCUAUAUCUCCAGCAAACCAGGAUAUUGCGACUUCCGAUGCAAUUAAGCUCGCAAAAGAAGUUGAUCCAACAGGUGAAAGGACUUUUGGUGUGUUGACAAAGCUGGACCUGAUGGACAAAGGAACAAAUGCUCUUGAUGUUCUCGAGGGAAGGGCCUAUCGGCUGCAGAAUCCUUGGGUUGGAAUUGUCAAUCGCUCGCAAGCAGAUAUCAAUAGAAAGGUUGACAUGAUUGCUGCAAGGGAAAAAGAAAGGGAAUAUUUUGAAAGCAGUCCUGAUUAUGCACAUUUAGCAAGCCGCAUGGGUUCUGAAUACCUUGCUAAGCUUCUUUCUGAGCAUCUUGAAUCUGUUAUCAAAGCACGCAUUCCCAGUAUCACAGCGGUAAUCAAUAAAACUAUAGAUGAACUUGAAUCAGAGCUGGAUACCAUUGGGAGAGCUGUGGCUUCUGAUCCAGGGGCUCAACUUUACACCAUAUUGGACCUCUGCCGUGCUUUUGACCGUGUUUUCAAGGAACAUCUUGAUGGAGGGAGGUCAGGCGGCGAUAGAAUAUACCGUGUGUUUGAUCAUAAGCUCCCUGCUGCUUUUAAGAAGCUUCCCUUUGAUCGCUAUCUAUCUGUGGAAAACGUCAAGAAGGUGGUCUCAGAAGCAGAUGGCUAUCAGCCCCAUCUUAUCGCCCCUGAACAAGGAUACCGUCGUCUUAUUGGAACUGGCCUCACCUAUUUCAGGGGACCAGCUGAAGCCACGGUUGAUGCGGUCCAUGUUGUUCUGAAAGACUUGGUCAGGAAAUCCAUAGGAGAGACAGAGCAACUGAGAAGAUUCCCCACUCUACAAGCUUCGAUUGCGACCGCUGCUAAUGAAGCCCUGGAAGGUUUUCGGGAGGACGGGCGCAGCACAGCACUUCGUCUAGUGGAAAUGGAGGCUACAUACCCGACGGUGGAUUUCUUCCGGAACCGACCUCAAGAUCCUGCUGCUGAUGCUAGUACUAAGGGGGGAGCUAAAAAUCAUUCAGCGGACUCGUCGGUGCCUCUUGACCGCUACGGCGAUGGGCACUACAGGAACAUUGCCUCCAACGUGUCCCAGUACAUACGGAUGGUCGGGGACGAGCUCUUGAAGACGAUCCCCAAGGCAGCUGUCCACUGCCAAGUGCGCGAGGCCAAGAGGUCUCUGCUUAACCAUUUCUACGUGCAGAUCGGGAAGAAAGAGGCCGGGGAGUUCGGGCACCUGCUGGAUGAGGACCCGGCGAUGAUGGAGCGCCGGCAGCAGUGCUGGAAGAGGCUGGAGCUGUACAAAUCUGCGAGGGACGAGAUCGAUUCCGUGGCGUGGAGCAGCAGCAGAUAGCUGACGAGGAGGAUUGGAAUAAUAGGCACGAUCUAGCUGCUAGCACUGCUGUCUGCCGAUAUAGUAUAUGGUAGUAUACAUGGUUGUUGUAUAUAGGUACCAUACCGGGGCCACACAGACAGGACAUGCUUAAUUACAUUACAUGAGGAAUUAACACAUACAGUAUAUAUGAUUCAGAGAUUAUAUUAUUCGUAA